GUGGGAAAUGUAGUUUUUUUCACCAUGGAUUCUGCUGUGAGGCGAAAACACGAUCACUUAAAAAUAAAACAAAGAAGACAACAUGCGGGAUGGUUACUUCAUCAGAAGCACGCAGCAUCGAUUAACACCCGCUUAGCUCACAGUAGGUCUGUCUUUAACGGUUUAUAAGCUAUCGCUCGCUCAGAAUCAAUACAUUUGGCAUUAACUUCCGGUCGGAGCCCAACCGUAGUUUCCUGAGGGAAAGAAUCUGUCAACAAUCUCGGGCACACUAACGUUAUAUGUUCCGUGAUAACGUAAACCACAAAUAGCUACCAGAUUACAGCAUGAUUUUGAGAACAUAAACGUCAUACUAUAACAAUAAUGGGCUUCAUUCAGCAAGCACUUCUUUCAAACGCGUUCACAAUGACCAAAACAAUCGUGAGGCAACGGAAUGCUAUGAGCUAACACUAUUAGCCUCAUCCUCUCUGUGUGAGUUACUGCACACCGCCGAGAGUUUCAGACGAGUUUUAGGGUGGUUAUCAUGACUUUACUGCCGAGGAUUGUGAGAUGGGUGGAGAAAAGCGCUUCGUCGAUGUACUUUCACUCUCGCUGCAGUGCUAACAUGAGCUUUAACGAGCGCAGGCUGCGGGUGCUGGUGGAUAUGGACGGAGUCAUCGCAGACUUCGAGGGAGGAUUCCUAAAGAAAUACAAGGAGAAGUUUCCCAACGAGCCUUUUAUAUCUUUGGAGGACAGAAGAGGAUUCUGGGUGUCCACACAGUAUGGAGACCUGAGGAGAGACCUGUGUGAAAAGGCCAUCAGCAUUUGGGAGUCCAAAAACUUCUUCCUGGACCUGGAUCCUCUUCCUGGAGGAGUGGAGGCGGUGAAGGAGAUGUCCACGAUGGAGAAUACAGAUGUCUUCAUUUGCACCAGUCCUAUAAAGCAUUACAGCUACUGUCCGUAUGAAAAGUUUGCCUGGGUAGAGAAACAUCUCGGCUCCGAGUUCCUGGAGCAGAUCAUCUUGACCAGAGACAAGACCGUAGUGACCGGAGACAUCCUCGUGGAUGACAAACCUGAUAUCCUGGGUGUGGAGCCCAAUCCGUCCUGGGAGCACGUCCUGUUCACCGCCUGCCACAACAAACACCUGCCACCGAACCCGUCCCAGAGACGCCUUCAGUCCUGGGCCGACGACUGGAGGGGACUUCUGCAGAGCAAGCGCCAGGAACACACCAGCGUUUGUGUUUAGAUGGGUAACAGAUCCCGUAUCAGCCCUCAUGUUCAGUAUUAUCCUGUCAAUGGAUUAUUCAGGUCACAUAAUAUAUACAAGUCUUUCACGAGAGACCUCUAGCAUCAUUUUAUGAUUUGUUAUGCUUCUACUGAGGGCUUGAAAUCCAUAGUUUACAUCAAGCAUUAAUCUGCCUUCACCUCAGUCUUUAAUGGGAUCUCUAGAAACGAAGGAGGAUGUUUAAAGCCCACUUGUGCACAUAGAAGCAUGCGGUUGUCAAAAUCACUAUGAUUUUCCACUGGUUUCUGGUUCGGAUGGGAGUAUGUGGAAGUUAUUAAUAUAGUUUCAAUUCAGGGAGAACACAAUACUUGACAGAACAAGACAUGUUUGGUUUUUUAAUGUCAUAAGAGUCACUAAACGAAGCCAUGUUGAGCUCAUCUACUGUGAUUGUGUGUUCUGGACACUAGAGGACGCUGUGAGCACAUUAGCUAUUAGUUGUUUUUUAAUCAGAGCGUCAUUUCGGUUCACACUUUAUUAUUAGUUUGGAAUGAAUCUUUUAAUAAACUUUUUUUCUUAUGCCUUUGAGGACAGGUGUUUUGGUUUAUGGCUUUGGUAAGUGCAUUAUCUUUUGUCGUGUUUAAUUAAUAAAAUAAAACUACUGUUUAUGAUUGCAUUUAGGAUUUUCAAGAUGCAUGAAUACUUUUAAUCAAAGAUGCAUUCAGUUGAUCAGAAGAGACAGUUAAGACAUUUUUAAUGUUACGAGUGUGUUCUGUUUGAAAUAAAUGAUUUUCUGUUUUUCAGAGAAUCCUGAAAAUAAUUAAAAAGUGUGAUUGUUUCCACAAAAAUCAUCAUAUUAUUCUGAUUUCUGAAGAUCAUGUGACACUGAAGACUGGAGGAAUGAUGCUGGAAAUACAGCGGAGCAUCACAGAAAUACAUUAUAGUUAAAUAGCUAUUCACACAGGAACAAGUUAUUUUAAAUUGCAAUAAUAUUUCACAAUUUUUAAUGUAUUAAUUGGUUGAUUAAGUGUGAUUAAAUAAGGUGAAACUUAGAAACAUGAAGAAAUUCAGAAAUCCUUCUAAUAUGAUGAUCUGCUGCUCGAGAAUCGUCACACUUUAAUUUUUCAGCAGCGUUUAUUUGAAACAGAAAAAUGUCUUUGCUUAUGAUCAAUUUAAUGAAUCCUUGUUGAAUAAAAGUGAUUAAUUUCAUAAAAAACAAUAAAAAAAUCUUACUGACCGCAAAGUUUUUAAUGAUUGAAAUAUAAUUGCAUAUGUGCAAAAUUAAUUACUGUGGACCUAAAUGCAUGUAUCUCAUGAGACUUUGUAUGACUUUAAAACAAGGUUUAUCAUCCGUUUAUAAGAACAAACAAACACAACAUAAUCUUAUUUGAAAGUACGAGAAGAAAAGCUCUUCUCUCAAGCGUGAGAUAAAGCCCUGAUUCAUUCAUUUCAUGGUGAAAGUCAUCAGUUCUGCGUGAUGUCAGGAGCAGAGAAACACACCGCGGUUGGUUUAGAAGCGAAUCUGAUCACAGUUCUGUGACAUGGCCAUCAGGAACGGCUAAGAGAUCGGCAGAUGGCCUUAAACUGAAGUCAAGAGUUAAUAAAUCUGAAAUAUGAUGAACAGAUCAUCUCUAGUACUGUAUGAAGUCUGAACAGAUCUAAAAAUGUGCUCAUGAAAACUAAAGCCAUUGCCAAAGCAUUGUGUUUUUAUGAUUAUCAACAGUAUUUCUUUAGUUGUUUUAGUUUAGAGUUCAUCUGUUUAACAGGAGAGAAGAGGGACUUUAUAUUUGCAUGAAUAUUUGUUCUUUAAAAAUAAAUGAAAUGUUACCUUAAUGCAAUGAGUGAUGGAGCGUUUUAUUAAAGAAUUAUUAAAGUUCAAACCUGUAAUUGAUUGAAGCAUGCUUAAUUAAGAAGAUUAUUAAAAAGUCCCAGCAUUGCAGUGCUUUUUCAUUGGAUUGUUUUAACUAAUUACACAAGUUAAGAAAAAGAAAUUGUUUUGGGGGAAGAAAUAUAUAUACUAAUAGUCCUGUUAAAUAUGUUGUACUCUUCAGCUCUGACUGACGAGAGUCUUGUUUCAGUCGUGUUCAGACGUGUCGUGUUGUGAAAAGUAAAUGUAUUGUUUCUCAUCUUGUUAAUGAUCCUGGUGCUCUACAGUCAUGUACAUGUCACGGUUUGAUGUGGAGGACUUUAUAUAAAUAUAUAUAAUCACAGACGGUUUAAUAAAGAAUGACACCUCGA